CACACAAGCGCUGCCUCGCUGAAAGGUUGUAGCUGCGGCAGCCGCAGGCCUGGGCCGUCCCUUCACUGCCGCCUCCUUCUCUUCCUCAGGGAUCCCCGGUCCGCUCGUCCUCCGACGCUGCCCAGGAAUUUGACAAGAAACUGAAGUUUUGAUUCAAGUAUAUUUUGAGAGUGUGAAACCAGAGAUGUACUAAAGUUUAGAUUCUGUCAUUUGAUUAAGGUAUGGUGUGAAUAUGCGUUGCUUGGCAGCUCGGGUCAACUAUAAGACUUUGAUUAUCAUCUGUGCGCUCUUCACGCUGGUCACAGUACUUCUGUGGAAUAAGUGUUCCAGCGACAAAGCAAUCCAGUUUCCCCGACACUUGAGUAGUGGAUUCAGAGAUGGAGUCGAGAAAAGAGCAGCAGCAGCAUCGGAAAGGAACAACUAUGUGAACCACGUGGCCAAACAGCAGGCCGAGGAGCCCUUCCCUCAGGAGCAGCAGAAAGCGCCCCCUGUUGUGGGGGGCUUCAAUGGCAAUGGGGGAAGCAAGGUGGUAGGGCUGAAAUAUGAGGAGAUUGACUGUCUCAUAAAUGAUGAGCAUACAAUUCAAGGGAGACGUGAAGGGAAUGAAGUCUUUCUCCCAUUCUCUUGGGUAGAGAAAUAUUUUGACGUGUACGGAAAGGUGAUUCAGUAUGAUGGCUAUGACCGGUUUGAAUUCUCUCAUAGCUAUUCCAAAGUCUAUGCCCAGAGAGCCCCUUACCACCCCGACGGCGUGUUUAUGUCCUUUGAAGGCUACAACGUGGAAGUCCGAGACAGAGUCAAGUGCAUAAGUGGGGUUGAAGGUGUACCUCUAUCUACACAAUGGGGACCUCAAGGCUAUUUCUAUCCAAUCCAGAUUGCACAGUAUGGGUUAAGUCAUUACAGCAAGAAUCUAACUGAGAAGCCCCCUCACGUCGAGCUGUAUGAAACAGCAGAGGACAAGGACAAAAACAGCAAACCUAAUGACUGGACUGUACCCAAGGGCUGCUUCGUGGCCAGUGUGGCUGAUAAGUCCAGAUUCAGCAAUGUUAAACAGUUCAUUGCUCCUGAAACCAGUGAUGGUGUGUCUCUACAACUGGGGAACACAAAAGAUUUUAUUAUUUCAUUUGAUCUCAAGUUCCUGACAAAUGGGAGUGUGUCUGUGGUUCUAGAGACCACCGAAAAGAAUCAGGUCUUCACUGUCCAUUAUGUCUCCAACACCCAGCUCAUUGCUUUUAAGGACAGAGACAUUUACUAUGGCAUUGGAUCCAGAACGGCAUGGAGCACAGUUACCAGGGACUUGGUCACUGACCUCAGGAAAGGAGUGGGUCUUUCCAACACAAAAGCAGUCAAGCCAACCAAAAUAAUGCCCAAGAAGGUGGUUAAGUUAAUUGCAAAAGGGAAAGGAUUCCUCGACAACAUUACCAUCUCUACCACAGCACACAUGGCCGCAUUCUUCGCUGCCAGUGAUUGGCUGGUAAGGAACCAGGAUGAGAAAGGUGGCUGGCCAAUCAUGGUGACCCGGAAACUAGGAGAAGGGUUCAAGUCUUUAGAGCCAGGGUGGUACUCUGCAAUGGCCCAAGGGCAAGCUAUUUCUACACUAGUCAGGGCCUACCUAUUAACAAAAGACCACAUAUUCCUCAAUUCAGCUUUAAGGGCAACGACCCCUUACAAGUUUCUAUCAGAGCAGCAUGGAGUUAAGGCUGUGUUUAUGAAUAAACAUGACUGGUAUGAAGAGUACCCAACCACACCUAGCUCUUUUGUUUUAAAUGGCUUUAUGUAUUCUUUGAUUGGACUGUAUGAUUUAAAGGAAACUGCAGGGGAAAAACUCGGGAAAGAAGCAAGGACCCUGUAUGAGCGUGGCAUGGAGUCCCUGAAAGCCAUGCUCCCCUUGUACGACACUGGCUCAGGAACUAUCUACGACCUCCGUCACUUCAUGCUCGGCAUCGCGCCCAACCUGGCUCGCUGGGACUACCACACCACCCACAUCAACCAGCUGCAGCUCCUCAGCACCAUCGAUGAGUCCCCAAUCUUCAGAGAAUUUGUCAAGAGAUGGAAAAGCUACCUGAAAGGCAGCAGGGCAAAGCAUAACUAG